AGAGAAGAGGAACCUUUCCCUGGGGGGCCAUGUCGGCUUCGACAGUCUCCCCGAUCAGCUGGUCAGCAAGUCUGUCACACAAGGCUUCAGCUUCAACAUCCUCUGCGUGGGUGAGACCGGCAUUGGGAAAUCCACACUAAUGAAUACCCUCUUCAAUACCACGUUUGAGACGGAGGAAGCCAGUCACUAUGAGAGCGCAGUUCGCUUGCGGCCACGGACCUACGACCUGCAGGAGAGCAACGUCCACCUGAAGCUAACGAUCGUGGAUGCCGUUGGAUUUGGGGAUCAGAUAAAUAAAGAUGAAAGGCCGAUAGUUGAGUACAUUGAUACGCAGUUUGAAAAUUAUUUGCAAGAAGAGCUGAAAAUCCGCCGAUCUCUCUUCAACUAUCAUGACACAAGGAUUCACGUCUGCCUGUACUUCAUCACUCCAACGGGGCACUCGCUCAAGUCCUUGGACCUGGUGACAAUGAAGAAGCUGGAUAGCAAGGUAAACAUCAUUCCAAUUAUUGCCAAAGCAGACACCAUCUCCAAGAGCGAGUUGCACAAGUUCAAGAUAAAAAUCAUGAGCGAGCUGGUCAGCAAUGGCGUGCAGAUCUAUCAGUUCCCCACAGACGAUGAAGCAGUCGCUGAGAUCAACUCUGUGAUGAACGUGAGUAACGCUGCAGUCCCAUUUGCCACCAAAAGUU